AUGGGUACUGUUUCGUUGAACAUGUCUAUGCACACGAGAGAACCUAUUAGGGACAGUAAAUUGUCAGGGCCUGAAUGGAUAAGAGAGAUUCUUUAUGGACAUUCAGAUAGGGUAUAUGAAGCUUUUCGAAUGGAGAUGCAUGUUUUUCUCAACCUUUGUGAUUUAAUGAAGGCAAGGGGUUGGUUGGUAGAUAGUCGAUAUAUUAGGGUAGACGAACAAGUUGGGAUAUUUUUAUCUAUGAUUUCUCACAAGAACUCGAAUAGAGAUUUAUGUGAGAGAUUCCAACAUUCGGGACAAACUAUCAGCAAGUACUUUGCUAAAGUGUUGCAAGCAGUUCUGAAUCUGGCAAGAGAAAUUAUCGUACCACCUUCAUUUGAUGUUGUCCCAGAAGAAAUUCUUAUCAAUCCUAAAUAUAACCCUUACUUCAAGGACUACAUAGGCGCUAUUGAUGGCACUCACAUUCAUGCUUCUGUACCAGUGUCGAAACAGAUCCCAUUUAGAGGCAGGAAAGGAAUUACCACUCAGAAUGUGAUGUGUGUUUGUUCAUUUGAUAUGAAAUUUACAUUUGUGUAUGCUGGUUGGGAAGGCUCUGUCAACGAUUGUCGGGUGAUCUCGGCAGCACUCGAGACACAUCGCUUACAAUUUCCUCGACCUCCACCAGGCAAAUACUACGUGGUAGAUUCUGGUUAUGCUGCAGCUCCGGGAUUUUUGACUCCUUUCAAAGGGGAACGAGUUUCUAUGAAUGCCGUCAACAAAUGGCUCAUUGCUAGACAAUCUCCUCCCGGUUGUCCUCCUCCUCCUGGGGAAAUCACCCCUUUCCUGCAUGACAAAGGUUUCGUUCUUUCUAAAUUAGCCUCAGCUCAAUCACACCAGCAACUAGACGGAAUAUUGAAGCAGGCUCUUUCUGAAAUUGAAGACUUUGGAUCUUCUCACUCUCAUCACAGUGGGAAUUCCAAUGAAGAUGGCUGCUAUAGAAUCCUCCCAAGAAUCCAAUGUGGAGACGUAGCAGAACAGGAAGAAGAAGACGAAGAGGCAGAAGAUUUGUCCAAACCAUGA